AUGGAGCGCAAGACCGAGGACGACAGGAGUGACUCUAGCGAUGAGGAGGAGACGGAGGAGUAUUCCCAGCUCUGGCAGAAAGUGGAGAAAGUGUUCGAGGAAUUUCACUUGUCCCCCUUCGCCAUGGCGGCAGCGAAGAAGUGGGUGAAGCUCAUGGCAGACCCGAGCAAGACGAACUUGACGCGGAUCCGAGACUGGCUACUCCUCAGGAUCAACAACAAGCAUCGCGCCCCUCCAGCUUCCAGGUGGCAGAAAGGCUGCCCCGACCUCGUUCCCGGCCUCCGUGCGCUUCCCUUUUGGGAUCGAGGCAUGCCUGAGAUGGGAUGGGUGCGAGAGAUUGAGGAUCACUUCGAGGACGUGAAAGAGGAGCUGUUGAAUCUGAGGGGCAAGAAAGGCUUCCAGCCAUUCCGGCAGCCCAAGUGGAGCACGAAACUCGCGUCGGAUGACGUUGGAGCAGUGAGCCAUGACAAGGGGGACUGGAAUGUUUUCUACCUCUUCCUGCACAACGAGAAAUUCGAGGAAAACUGUGCAAAAUGCCCUAAGACUGUGGAAUUGAUCGAGAGAAUCGCUCCCAGACAGUACAAGCAUGCCUUCUUCUCGGCUCUGAACCCUGGGACUCAUGUCAUAGCUCACACUGGGCCGACCAACAAGAAGCUCCGAUGUCAUCUCCCUGUCACGGGGGUCGAGGGUAGUCGGCUGCGAGUGGCUGAUGAGGUUCGCGAGCAAGAAGAAGGUGUUUGUUACGUCUUUGACGACUCGUUCGAGCACGAGGCCUGGCAUGAUGGAACCUCAACGAGGAUUGUUUUGAUCUUCGACGUUUGGCAUCCGGACUUCAGCGACGAGGAGGUCAAGUUUCUGGGGUACCUGCAGAAGAGUCAGAUGAAGGAGGAGCAGAGGAUGAGCGCAGGUCAAGACAGUGAAGACAAUUUCUACAGCCUCCUCAGGAAGACAAAAGAUCUCCUGGUGGACGACAGCUGGUGGAUUGCCCCCGAUGAAGCAUCAGCUCAUGGGAGGAGAAAACAUCGAGUCUACGUCGGGGGCCUCGGUUGGAUGGACGUUAGCACCGCGGGAGGGGGGGGGGUGAGGGUACUUCCGAAGAAGGCAAGGCCCGAGACAUCGAUCUACGUGAGUGGUGAGCCAACGUAUGCGGAGCUGCUAGUCUGCGAGAGGAUGGGCAUGCUCGAGCAAGUCAUGGCGGGCUCAUGUCUACGAGGCGGGCUCAUGCCUCGUCUCUUCCAUCUUCAUAGGCCAUGCUAUGAUGAUGAUGACUGCUACUCGUGUGAUGUGUGUGGAUACCCUUCCCAGCCGACUGAGCACGCGAUCAAGGGCGAAGUAACAAAUGAGAGGGCUUCGGUUCAAUCAUAUUCACCGAUCGUGUGGACGAUGCAGCACCCAUGUUUGGAAUUCGAAAACUCCAAGUGGCAGAUUUUUGCUGAGGGGGAGAGUAGCUGGAGUGGCUUAGCAAGAGACAUCAACGCCAAGGACAAAGUUGCCAUCUAUGUGGCAUCUUCGGGAACGGGAGAGAUCGUCAAGCUUGUCGACCAGGGUGACGGAAGUGCUCAGAUCGUGCAGAAAAUCCCGACAGGAGGGGUCCCGAGCUCCCUGGCGUUCGACGAAGUUGGAGCUAUCUUCGUGGGAGACAUCGCCUUGAAGUGCAUUUUGUCCCAUCCUCCCGAAGACUCUGAGUUCCAAGUCCUGGUGUCUGAUUACGAGGGCCAGCAGUUCUUCGGGCCCAACAGCCUUUGUUUUGACAGCAACGGAACGCUCUUCUUCACUGAUAGCGGGCCCAUGGGGGACACCAGCCUCUCCAACCCCAAGGGGAGCGUGUUCUGCGUUAGCUCGGAGGACCAGCUGCUGAAGCCUCUGGCGGUCAACUGCCUUGCCCACCCCUCCGGGAUCGCCGUUAGCCCCGACGGAAGCUGCGUCUACGUGGCUGAGACCAUGGCGAACAGAAUCCUGAGGUUCAUCCGAAGGCCGACGGGGGUCUACAUGUGCAGCGUGUUCCACACGUUCAGCGGGGGGUUCGGGCCUACGAGCCUGGCGUGCGACUCGAAGUCGAACCUCUACGUCUGCAGGUGGGCGUCGUGA